UUAUGAAAGUAAUUUUAUAAUAAGUAUUUCAAUCUCCCAUUGGGACAAACGACUACACAUGAAGACAUUAAAACAGUAUUAAAAUAUAUCUUGCACUGUUGACAUUGCGAACUGAAUUUCACGUGGGUUUCAGGGAGCGUAGGAAGGCCUCUGUCUAGCUUUUGUAGAUAACUGUAUAAUACUGGAAUUUUUCACAUUAUCCAAUAAAAAGGUAGCUGCUAAAUGCACAUGCAUAAAUAGGUGACAGAGGUAGGCGCUACCUAUCUGAUGAUGCUGUCAAGGGCGGGGUCACUGAGUUUAGAGAGUGGGCGUGUCGGUGGGCAGUUGUAUGACGAAGAUUAUUUCUUUUAUUUAUGUCACUCUUGCUUACCAGCCCCGCACUGUGAUGCAGCCGGAUAUCCUGCGUUGUUUCCUGAUAGGAGGCGGGUGAGUGUAAGUAAUUUUCAUCGUCAGGAGGUGUAGUAAGUGUCCCAGCCCGCGGCCCAGCAGGCGGCUGUCGACCUCAGUCGUGUGCGAGCCAACACUGCCAACACAACCGACCUACUUAUCAAAUUCCUCCCUCAAACGCUGUAGUUUGCACUAAUCUCGCUUAUAUUUGCAGUCAUCACACAGUGAUAACACCAAGAUUUAUAUACUAUGUAUCAAGAGUUUGUAUUAAUGUUGGAGGGUGAGUAAUAUGCGUCAAGGUAAGAGUGAGUGAAGUAAGGUUGGUGAGCGUGGUGUGAGUGCGUCUGAGCGCAUGCGUCACACAGGUGAACUCUGGAAGUAAAGUUUGAAAACAUUGUUAGUGUUCCAGCCAAAUGCUGCCCUCCACUCGUGCUUCCUAUAAGAUUAUAAUAAACGUUUAGUGUAUAUCUUAAAAGAAGUAAGCAAGAGUGUUACACUGCGUAUUUUGAGAUAACUAGGGAAGUGUAGUGUUGACAAUGGGAGGAUCUGUAAGUGAUUGUGAGUGGUUAUGUUUAGGUUUCUCAGGCAUGGCUCUGUUUUUGAUAAGUUGAAGCUAGGAGGUGGAAAGUGAAUUUUCCAUGAGUGGUGUAGAGUGUUGACAUGACGUGAUCUGCCGUGUUGUGGUGCUGAUGUGUGGUGUGUGUGCGCUAAGGCAGCACCACUAUGCUCAAGACUAGCCCAGGUGAGCCCAGCGGCGCCCGGCCAGCAAGUCUAGACACCACCAAUACUGCUCUCACCGAGGCUGCUUCUGAUGAUGGUGGUGCACACCAGGCUGCUGUUGCCAGUGAUGCAGUGGUGGUGGUAGCUCCUUCAGACCACUGGUCAGGCCAGGUGGUCGAGGCUAUAGUGAGUGUGGGGAGUGAAGGGGGUAUUACAGUACUGGGAGGUUCUGACAAUGGAGAAUUUCCCUACCUGGGUGAGAUCAGUCAAGGUGUUAGAUAUCAGAAAGGUGGCCCCUCACUGGCUCCAGGAGCAAUUCUGCUGGAAGUACAGGGUCAACGCAUUGCAGGAUAUACCCAACGUGAUGUCGUGGCUUGGAUCAACCACUGCACACGCAACGGAAAUCCCUGUGUUAUUCGCACAGCUCCACCAGAGAGGCGUGGUCUGGGACCGGGCCGCGGAGGCGGUGACCUCCGGAAGAGACUCCAAAUGCUGCCAAGUGGGAUGGUAAUAUUGAAUUUAGGCAAGGACAUUCAAUGCAAGCAAGACAUCGAGCAAGAGAAGAGGCAUCGAUGAGCUAAUAUGGAUUUUGCAGCCAACAUUUAGUCCAUUUCACGAUGUCAUUUGUCUUGGAACCAUGGUCUAGCUAGGGGCGCCACAUAACUAAGCACCCUUGCUCAAGAAUAAAAGGUACAGCUGUUUCAUCUAUGGUUUGUUUUUGACUACAACUGUCAUAAGUUCCUUCAGCGGCUUGAUGCGGCUAAGGUCAAACCAUGUUUCAAGGUUAAUGCCGGAUAUAUUUGUUAUGUGUCAAAUUUAAUUAAAAAUUAUGAUUUAAUGUGUAUAUUGUCAUACUUAGGGGUACUAGGUCCCAUAUGAGUCUUUUAUCAGGAUCUCGCCUGGAUAACGGGUCUGAUUUCAGAGAACACUCUUCUGUGUUCUAAGGAGGUUUACGAUUAUAUAUUAGGGAAAUAAUGGCUAAGAGUAUUUCCUGUGAUUGUGAUGCGUCAUUUUAAAUCAUUAAAUAACACUUUUGUGGUGUUCUGAUUUCUCACCUCGACAUGUUACCACCAAAGAGUGCAAACUGAUAGAUCCUCCUCUUUAAUAUAUACGCUAGUAUAAUACUCCAUUCAUUUUUCACUUGGGUAUUUCCUGUACUACAUCCAAAUUCAAUACUUUCCACUCCUCUCCCCGUUUAUUAUCUAUAUCUUUCUAUCUACCAGAGCAAGUGUUUAAACAUGCACACUCCAACCCAAACUAACAUGGUUGUCAGCUGCAACGGUCAGUAGCACACGCCAGAUAUAGCAAUGCAUGCUGCUGCUGUGUCACAGUAGUACUGCAGUUGUGUCAUUCCACCCAAAGCAUCUUAGAUUAUCUUAUAACAUGUCAGGUGACAGACGAAGCAUCAGGUGGCCAUCUAGUAGGGCCUCUGAUAACGGAAAUAUUACCAGAAGUUGCCUUCAUAUCUAGGAAUGACAUCAGAAGGUGUAUGACUCCUGCCGUUCAUAUUCAGUUUGCUUAAUGACAUUAUUAGCUGAAAGAUGAUUGCGCUGUUAUUGCUCUUGUCUGAUCGUAAGUUUUACUGAACCUAGCUUGGUCAGUUUUGAGGUGCUGUCCAGAUGGUGUCCCCUUAAUAUGUAAAGCGGGUCAACGCCUGCCGGUUCGGGAACCGAAAUCCACAUCACUAUAAUGCCACAACUGUUGACCCUUCGGCCACCCAUCAAAGUAUUGCAGAUAACAUGCAGCAGAAUGUGACCGCCCCCGUUCCUCCCUUAACUGCUCUUGUAUUCUCGUCGGUGCCUCAUUUUCCUUCAGGAAAACGAGAUCCGAUGUUUGGAAGAAGAGUUUGUCACACUCAGGCCAUAAUCAAACUCUGCACCUCCUACUCCAGAGUCGCCCAGGACUCCCAAUGCCCAGUAGUGCCCUUCUACACACUUAUUCCAAUAUCUAAUCCUUUUGCAGUUCUCAACAAUGUCACCUUCACUGCUUCCCAACCUUCAGUAAACAGUCUUCUUCCGUAGUCCUGUUUAUUUUAUGACACACUGCAACUCCCAAGACCUCCAAAACUGUUUUCCUCGUGACCACGCAACAACAUUACCAUUCUUUCGUAAACUACUUUCUCUGACCCACCACCUAAGGAUGCUGAACAUAGAUGAAUUUCUAACAUGAUAUUCGCUAUACGCAAUUUAUUACACCAUAUGCUGUGUAUAUUAAGAAAGGGAUACGCUGGAUUAUUUAAGCACGCUACAGUAGGCUCUGUGGACAUGAUAGUAGAGCCUAGGAUUCCGCUUUCAUCAGAAAAAAAACAAGGUUUAAUAUAAUUUUGGUUUGUCAAACUUUCUAUGCCUUUUCAUAAAAUAUAGCAAAUUUAGAAAAAAAAAAUGUAGUUUCAGAUUGGAACUAGCAGAUCCAUUGCCCAUCAGUCAUCACACUGAAAUCUAUCACGUUUUAGAGAAAGUAAUAGUUACUGAACUACACGAUGUUGCCAAGACCAAGAAUAAAUUACGCUAACAAUACCUUUGGCAGUGCAUAACAUUGGUUGUGCACUGUCACGUUGCAUUGUCAAUUCACCAGAAACCAAAUUAUUGCACCAACCUUGAUUUUAUUUUACCUCUUGCACUCUUCCCCUCCCCCCACUGAUCCAUACUCUUAUACACUCCUGCCCUUCACUCCCUCC